UGGCAUUUCGUUAAACGGCAUCAACGCAAAGACAGCUCAACUACUGUUCAGUUUAAAAAUGAAACGUAUGUUCUUGGUGAUCACCUUCGUUGCCGCAAUACAAGGUGUGCCAGUUGAAAAUGUGGGCAGGAUCGUUAACGGAGCCGAAGCAGCUCGAGGAGAGUUCCCGUGGCUUGUUUCGAUUUCUGAGAAUGUCCGACAUAUUUGCGGAGGGUUCAUCUAUAACGAUCGAUUCAUCGUCACCGCUGCCUCUUGUGUCUUUGGGAAACCCAUUACUUCGUUGAAGGUCAAGAUUAGUGGAUUGGUUUUAGGCAUACCCGAACCGGAUGAGCAAAACAUCGACGUCAUUUCUGUACACCUCCAUCCGUCUUAUGACGCUGUUUUUAAACUGCACGACUUGGCGUUCGUUAAGUUGAACAGGCCCAUCGUUUUUGGAGAUGCUGCAAAAGCCAUCCGCUAUGAAGAGCCAGACGAAUCGAUUAAGAUGGCAACUAUAGCUGGAUGGGGAUUGAUUUCGGAAACGGACGGUCAGACUCAAAGGCUUCAGAAAACAACAAUUUUUAACCUUGCGGCUAAUUGCAAUAUUUAUGGGAGCAAUGAAUAUUCCGUUAACCACAUGAUUUGUGCUGGUGAUGGAACGACGUCUCCCUGUAAUUAUGAUCAAGGAUCACCGCUCGUUCAAGCAACGCCUUCCGGAAACAUUGUCAUCGGAAUCAUGUCGAAGAAUAAAGGCUGCGUAUCUCCCUAUCCGCCAACGAUUUACACUCGCCUAGCAACCUAUUAUUCUUGGAUUAUGCAAACAGCAGGCCAACAGCCAGCAAAUCUCUAAUCAGUAAAAUAAAAAUGAAAUAGCAUUUCAACAUGAACGGCCAUCAAAAGAUUCACGAUUGACUUGUUUUCGAAAAAUAAAUGCAAACUACACUUGAAA